UAUGGUACUAGAGUUUUGAUUUUCAUUUUCCUUGUUAUUAGAGGUGGAUUUUCAAAGGGUGAACAAACGGUGGUUCCAGCAGUUUAUGUGUUUGGAGACUCACUUGUUGAUGUUGGCAACAACAAUUACUUGAGAAUCUCUGUUGCAAGAGCUGAUCACCCUUACUAUGGAAUUGAUUUUCCAACUCAUAAACCCAAUGGCAGAUUCAGCAAUGGCAAGAAUGCUGCUGAUUUCAUUUCUGAGAAAUUGGGAUUGGCAACUUCGCCACCUUACCUGUCCCUAACUGCAAAAUCAAAUGCCAACAAAAACAAUGUGUCCUUGGAUGGUGUUAGCUUUGCAUCCUCAGGUGCUGGAAUAUUCAAUGGCACAGAUGAACGUUUUAGACAGGCAAUACCGUUGACAAAGCAAGUGACUUACUACUCAGUUGUGUAUGAGGAUAUGAAACGAGAAGCAGGAGAUGCUGCUCUACAAAAGCGCCUCUCAAAAUCAAUUUUCGCAGUGGUGAUUGGCAGCAAUGAUCUCUUCGGCUACUUACAAUCAUCAAAUCUUCGUAAGAAAAUCACUCCACAGCAGUAUUUGGAUUCCAUGGUUUUCUCACUCAAAGUACAACUACAGCGAUUAUACAAUCUUGGUGCUCGUAAAUUUGAGAUAGCUGGCAUUGGGGCACUUGGAUGUACCCCUGUAUUUAGGGUCAGGAACAAAACGGAGUGCAUUACAGAUGGCAAUUAUUGGUCAAUUAAAUAUAACGAAGGCCUUCAAUCCAUGCUUAAGGAAUGGCAAUUUGAGAAUAGGGACAUUACUUACUCCUUCUUUGACACUUAUGCUGCUCAUAUGGACCUCAUUCAGAAUCCAGCUUCCUACGGAUUUAGAGAGAUCAAAGCUGCUUGUUGUGGAUUCGGGGAACUGAAUGCAAGGGGUCUUUGCUUACCACUGUCAAAUCUUUGUUCCAAUAGACAAGACCACAUCUUCUGGGAUUUGUUCCAUCCUACAGAGGCAGCUAAUCGUAUCUUUGUCGACAAAAUGUUUGAUGGUUCUUCAAAGUACACGUCUCCUAUUAACAUGAGACAGCUAGUUGCAGCCUGAAGUUAAUUUUCGCCAAUAAUUUGUCUGGUUGGACAACAUUCUUUUGUUCAAUUCGUUGUCAAUGAGGCAAUGAAGAUGACAGAAAUAAGAGAAAACAGAACCGGAUUCGUUACAAGGUUAGAAGUUAGAACACCACUAUACUUGACCAAUCUAUUAUCUUAGUUAACCUAAUGGUAGAUGGAGAAACUACCAACUAGACUUUGAUCAUGAAUUAAGAGAUAGAGAAAAUACAUCAUCAAAAAAUUGGUUUAAAUCGCCUUUGUCAAUAUCGAAUUCCAACAACUUCUCUAUGGCAUUCUGCAUCAAAGUCCAGAAACAUAAACAUGUCUAAAUGCUGAGGACAAGGAAACACUAAGCAAAUGUCAUGUUCAAAAUGUUAUCCCUGUAAUUUUUGACUCUGGAAAUUUAAAUGAUACCUUGUACUGA